AUGACAAAUCCAACAUUGACCAAUAUCAAUGUUAAGUUUGUAAAAGAAAUGCUUUAUCCAGCUGUAACUAUUUGCAAUAUGUCACCAUAUAAACGAUCAGCUAUCAAUGCUAGUGCGGUAAUGAUGUCGCAUUUACUACACAGAAGUCGUCUAGGAGAUGUGUUUCCACCUAUCGACUACACCAACCCUGUUUAUUCUGAACUAAACGACUCUGUGUCUGAAGAUAGGCUAGACAAAGUAUCCUUCGGCCUAAAUGAUAAUUUUGCGUUUUGUGAACAUGAUAAACACCUCGUUUCUUGUGAAACAAUUCUUACCCCAAAAAUUACUCAAUGGGAAAAGUGUUUUACAUAUAAUGGUAAUGAGAAAUUACGAAUGGAAGGUAGAGUGAAGAGCAGCACGACUGGAUCACCGACGGCUUUAACAUUCUACAUGGAUAUUAAACAACACGAAUAUGUUUUCAAUACCAAUACGGCUGCUGGGAUCAAGAUUGUCCUACAUGAUCCAGAAGAAGAACCGGAUAUCAUUAACACAGGUUUUGUAUCUUCACCAGGAAUGUCAACUUAUGUCUCUGUGAAAAUGACAAAGAGAAACUGA